AUGGGCUUUCAAGCCCCUCGACUGGGCGCUUUGGGCCUGACAUUUUUGGUUAUGAGGGCACUGCAGUUCGCUGCUCUGAUCGCAGUGAUCGGCUUGAGCGCAAACUUCAUCGAUGAGUUCUCUACAAAGUCACUGGGAUCUCCUUCAGAGCUUCUUGGUACUCUAGUAGUGGCCGUCAUUGCUGUCAUCUAUGUCGUUAUCUCCUACGUCCUCUACUACGAUGCCAUGCUCCCAUAUCUCCUUAGUGGAAUUCUUGAUGGCUUACUGCUGAUCGCCUUCAUCGUCGUCGCCUCACUACUCGGCAAGCCCCUUUCCCAUCUCCAGUGCGCUCUCAUGCCCCAGGAUCCUGACGCCAACAACUUCUGGACAUCUGUCCCAUUCACAAUCAAGUCCCAAGAAACGACGCAUGACGAUGGCCUAUACUUCACCUUUGUGCACAUGGACCAACCCACCUGCUUCGAGACCAAGGCCAUCUGGGGUCUUUCCAUCGCUCUAUGCGUGCUUUUUGCCUUCAGCAGCAUUGUCUGCGUUGGCCUCUGGCGUCGCGUCAGUCGCGAGACGGUUGUUGUCGGCAGCAGAAAGGACAUUGAGGAGUCGGACGUGUCCCUUUAUGGCCACAAAACCACCACCACUGCUCCACCACAGUUCCCUCCUCCCCCGUUGGCGCCCAUGCGUAUCACCGGCGGCGCUCGCCGCAGCGAUAAUCAACAACAACACGACAGUAAUCUUCAAGACAUUCCGGUCCCCAACAUCCGCGCAAGAGCCGGCCUGCCACAGAACCGUCGCAGUCUUUCCGGCUCCAGGUCCAGUAUCGACUCCGACGCCUCCUCUACUCUCAGUCGGGGAGCGAGCCCCGAGCGCCAACUCCGCAUCAGCGGUGGUCUAGCGCCCCCGCCGCCCGUACGCCACUGCUGCAAUGGUGGUCGCGUCGGGCUAGGCAUUAUGCCCACGAUUCCCGGCUCACCCAUCGACGCCAUACAAGAGCGGACCAUCAUUGACGGCAUCUCGCCCAUCAUGUCCCGCGCCCCCCAGGCUCUGCCUCUCCCUGUUGCCGACCCAGCGUUCCGCAGUACCAGCACCAACAACCUCACCCUGGCUGUCCCCUCCGCUACUCACGGUACUUAUAGUCACCACAACCACGGCCAAGUAGGAGCUGGAAGAGCCACCCUCCAUCCACCACUCACCAUCAUCACUGAGUUUCCCAUCGUCUCCCCGUCUGGUUACUGGCCCACCAAUAACAUCUCCCCACAAGAAUAUAAGCGCGCCGCGCCGCCGCGCUCCCCGCUGUCCCCACUCAGCCUGAGAGGGCUGGGCUCGUUCAUGGCUCGUAGGGGUUGCAAGAGGAAGGAGGUCCCGCCGCCAAUUAUCGUGCAUCCUAGUUCACCUUCGCAGUUUGCGCAUGUCGUUAAUAGCGCAGGAACGGAUAGUGUGGCGUUGGGAACUCCCGUUGAUGGCUUAGGCCCGAGCCAGUCGCCGCCGCCGCCACAUCUGCAGAUGCCAAACCCGCCCAAGAAGAGAAAGACGGUUUGGGGGAUGAUGGUGGAGGGAUGGUGGGAUUUGGGACUGCUGGAGAGGAUGGGGAGUGGAAAGAGGAAGAAUAUGAAGUGA